AUGUCUUCAGUUUGGAAGACUGCCCGUGGAUCAAAUGCGAUGCCUGAGAUGAUGGUGAAAAUCAUUGGAAGUAAACACUUUUGAUACCUUGUGGAGAAGCCAAAGAUCAAGGAGAAUGAGAACUUGAAGGCAGAAACUCAAACAGUACUCCAGAAAUCAGUGUCUGGUACUGCAAAGCAGAUUAGCAGAGACCCCCCAGCUUCUACUAAUCCCAUAGAUCAUCAAAUCAAUUAUGACCCAGAUGAUGUGGAAAAGAGCAAGCACCCAGAGAAAAACCAGAAACCAGAGGACAACCAGAAACUCCUAACGGGAGCACUCAGUUGCAGAUUCCUGGAUGGCCAAAUUCCCAACCAGGAAAAUGUCUACUGCAGCUCUGUACCAACUGGAGACCAGUCCCUGUCCUAUAUCCAUGGCCUCCCCAGGAGAAACCUUAGAGACUGGUCCUUAGAACAGAUGGCAAGGGGCAGCUCUGACCAACCCAAUGAUAUUGGCCAGAGGCCAAGUGGAACAACAAAAGAAGACACUUUUCUUCUGCUGGUCAGAAGAGAACUCAAGUCAUGCCUUUUGAGUUCUGGCUUAUUAGACAAGCUUCAGAAAGAGAAAGAUCCUGUCUCUUCAGGAUUUCUUCUCCAAUCUCAGCUGAGCUGCCUCAUCUUCAGGCUUGAGGUCCCUCUGCAGUUACCAACAGUCAAGAUCCUUUGCCAGUGAUUUUCUGGGAGGGAAUCUCCUGAAGUGAUAAAUUAUGAAAAGCUACUCUGGUGUUUAAAAGUUGCAGCUUCAGAUGAUCCACAGCAAAACAAAAGAGUUGAGGACAGCAAGGUGAAAGAAGCUCAGGGUGGUAGGCAUCAAAGUACUGCCCCUCAAGACUCCAACUCCCAGCCAGAAGUGAACCACCACCUGUUGGAGAUCUUGAAGAUGGCACUAAGGGCAACUAAGGGCAAACUCAACAUGGAGAAUCUCAACCUGAGUUUUCGAAAAGAAGAUCGCUCGUUCUCUGGCUACUGCCCCCACCCAAGGUUAUAUUAUUCAAGUACGGUCAGACCAACAGAUCAGGAGAUGAUUGCCAUUGAAAAGACAGUCAGGGCUAUAUGUGGGAAACAUGGAUUGUAUUUGACUUUGAGCCUCCUGGAAACAUUGCUUAACCAUCAAGAUUUGGGUUACCAGGACAAAAUAAAAUGGCAGAAUUUUGUUGAGUUGUUGAACAGAGCUUCAUCUUAUUUGUCAUCUGAUUUGCCUCCCAGAGAGUCUGGAAAGAAAGGAAAGGAAACCUCUGCUACUCCAGUGCAUCCUGAAGUUAAUGAGAUAUCUCAAGGAAAACCUGAACAUAUGAAAACUCCAGAAAAGGAUUUGCAGCCAGAAAACCCUCCUGCUGAGACUUCAGCCCCCAAAUAUCUCCUGAGCACUUUGAAGAUCAGGCCAGUCUCACAGCCUUUUGUCAGUCCAGUGAUGAAAAACACGUCUGAAGAAUGUGAGACAUGGAUCGACAGGCUCAAGAAGCUAGAAAAUGCCCUCUACCUGUGUGAUCUGAGUAAUACAGGAGUUCUGGAGAAUGAACGAGCCAGAUGCCUCAUUCACAACUGCAAUCUCAUUUACAACCUGUCCCUGAGCCCUCGAAAAAUUGACCAAGCCUUGCGGAGAUUCCAUGCUGGAGAAAAUAUGCUCUUGGAGCCAGCGCUUCAGUACUUAAAGGAGAUAUAA